CCUCUCCACAGCUGAACACGCGGGACUCGCAGCUGAAGACAGAAGGGAAGCCUCCGGAGAGCGUACUGAAGAGGAUCCAAAUCUGGAAGAGGCAGCAGCAGCUGGCAGGGAACGGGGCCCUCUUUGAGGAGAACCUAGCUCCACUGCAGAAGAGGUGAGAUGGCAUGGGGCAGAGACAGGGGACCCAGAGCAACCCUCCUGCCCCCUCUGCUCCCCUGGGAGUGGGGAGACUGCAGGCUGGAGGGACUCUGGGAGAGUGCUCCUUCCUGGUGGAGAAGCAGCCCCCGCAGGUGCUGAAGACCCAGACCAAGUUCCAGGCAAGUGUCCGGUUCCUGCUGGGCCCCCAGCUGCUGAAGGCAUCAGCCAAGCCCUACAUGGUGCGGGCCGACAUGGUGACGGAGAAGCAGGCGCGGGAGCUGGCGCUCAGCGCCUACAGCAAUGUCCUCAGCGAGAGCACGGGGGAGAUCAUGCAUAACGUGGUGGCCCUGGAGACCAACCCCACCAGUGGGACCUGCUGUGCCAACUUCAAGAACGUGCUGCUGAAGAAGAUCAAGCGCUGCGAGCGGAAGGGGUCCGAGUCAGUGACAGAGGAGAAGUGUGCCGUCCUGUUCAGCACCACUGUGGCCCUGACCCCCAGCAACCUCUCCGUCCACCUCCAGGUUCUGUCUCUGCCCAUUGUGGUUAUUGUCCACGGGAACCAGGACAAUAACGCCAAAGCAACCGUGCUGUGGGAUAACGCCUUCUCUGAGAUCGACCGGGUGCCCUUUGUGGUGGCCGAGCGGGUGCCCUGGGAGAAGAUGUGUGAUACGCUGAACCUGAAGUUCAUGGCAGAGGUGCAGACCACCAAGGGGCUUCUCAAGGAGCACUACUUCUUUCUGGCCCAGAAGGUCUUCAAUGACCACAGUGCCAGCCUCGAGGACUUUCAGAGCCGCAGCGUCUCCUGGGCCCAGUUCAACAAGGAGAUCCUGCCCGGUCGGGGAUUCACCUUCUGGCAGUGGUUUGAUGGAGUCCUCGACCUCACCAAGAGAUGCCUCAAAAGUUACUGGUCAGACAGGCUCAUCAUCGGCUUUAUCAGCAAGCAGUACGUCUGCAAACUCCUGAGCACAGAGCCUGAUGGGACCUUCCUGCUCCGCUUCAGUGACUCGGAGAUCGGGGGUGUCACUAUCGCUCACGUCAUCCGGGGCAAGGAUGGAUCCAGCCAGGUGGAGAACAUCCAGCCCUUCUCUGCCAAGGACCUGUCCAUCCGGUCCCUCGGUGACCGCAUCCGUGACCUGGGGCAGCUCCGCAACCUCUACCCCAACACCCCCAAGGACCAGGCGUUUGGGAGUCACUACAACAAAGAGCAGACAGGAAAGGACGGCCGGGGCUACGUCUCCACCGCCAUCAAGAUGACAGUGGAAAGCGAAAGGGACCAGCAGCCCCAGAACGCUGCGGGGGGCUCCCCCGAAGCCUCCCAGGCUCAGAUGUUCAGCCUGCCCAUGCUACAGCCCGAGCUGCACCCCGAGAGCCUGCAGUCAGUGCUCAGCCCCAUCUGCCCUCCUGCUCCCUUCUGCCCCCAGCCCGUCCCCACAGGCUACCCCACGGGUGAAAGCAACAUCAACAUGAUGGUUUCCGACAAUCUCCCGUCCUCCUUUCCCAG